AUGGACUCAGAAAUCAAGUUCGAGAUCCCCGACGACUGUCGCGACUUCUCGCCGUUUGCCCGUCUCCCCGCCGAGAUCCGCCAUCAGAUUUGGGAAUGUACGCUCUCGACACCUGGCAUGCACUUCCUCAAGAUCCAGUCCGCCGAAAUCAGUGGGAGGUGGUGGACCAAGAGCAUGGACCCUCUUCAUACCGACUCCGAGGAUAGCAGCGACGAGGAUAAGGAAAACGACGACAUCGCCCUGGAGGUCAGGCGUGAAGUGCACCCGACCGUAUCUCACUGUGCGAGCUUGGUGCCACUAUAUCCAAGCCCGGAAGCGGACAUUUCGUACUACACGACACUCAACCAGGAAAUCACCAAGCUGUCCGUUACUUGUAACGAGGCGGCGAAUGUCGUCAAGCAUCUGAUGACUCGACCAACCACUCUCAAGCUGGGUGGUGGCCGGAUGAUCAGCCUUGACAUCUCCUCGGACAUUGUAUCUCUGGAAUACGUCCCCCAGGAUGUUUUCGAAGAUGGCUUCCAGUUCACAAAGACUAUUCAAUGCCCAGGACUUGAGAGAAUCCGCAAAGUUGCCGUUCGCUACUGUCACAAGUGGCAUGAACAGCAUUCGCCUACCCGUUGCUCGGUUUGUGGGCAGAUACACAACACACCCGAUAGAGUCGCGUAUCCGAAGCACCUUUAUCAGCUCCUCGCACGAUAUUUGCCAAACCUCGAGCACUUUUACUUUGUCGACUAUCUCAUUCUGCGCAAGUCCAUGAGUGAAGAUGGGCAAGAAAGCAGUUGUGCAGGAGCUGCGGCCGGGACUAAAAUUAAGGGCAAGAGGACACCGGGCAAGUUCGAGGGUGGAAACAGGACAUACUUCGAAGUUGAUGACCAAGAGUGGACUGUUAAAUCCAAGGUUUUUGAGACAACGUCGUGGCUGCAGGAUCGGUACGUCAAGUACGCAAAGACAAGCAAGCUCAGUUGUCACAAAAACCCAGAAAAGGUCAAGUUCGGAGUACUAGCCUGCGAGUGGACUGUUGGACGCCGUACAGAGAUGAGGAAGGCACCAACUACACCGAUCAAGAAGGGUCGCAACAAGCGAGCCUUUUGCGAAGAGCACCCUACUUGGAGGAGCCGGCAUUCUCCUCAAAUAACAUCGGCUCUGACGAUAGGAAAUGCCCCAACUGAGUUGAAGGCUACUUUCCCGUUCGUGUUUGGUGUUUCAGAAGGAAAUGAGUAUGAGUUCACCUUUACAGCACCUCUACGAUGA